AUGGCCCAGCCUGGCGAUCCCGGAUGGAAAUGGUUCCCCAACACCAAAGACGGCUGGAGGCUCGACGUCGUCACGCUGCUCGCCGUCAUUGGCGAGUCGUCGAUGGCCGAGCACUCGCAGACCAUCACCGCAUCGCUGCUAUGCCUGCUCCCGCGCCUCAUCCCAGCGCCUCAGGCCCUCCUCAAGCCCUCGCGCCCAAGCCGCAUGCCCGAGACGCUCGCCAAGAUGACGGGCGUCUACAGCGGCACCACGCUCGACUCGGUCGGCUUCUUCGCCACCAUCAUCACGCCGCUCGACGCGCUGCCGGCCUUUAGCUUCCGCGUGCUGGAGAUCAAGCACACGGAUCUCAACCAGUUUGGCGACGUUGAGGUCCCGACCGCCCAGAACCAUUCGCGCCGCUCUGCCCUGUUUCGCCGCUCCUUCUCGUGGGCCCGCUCCGCCGCCCGCCCCGGCACCGGGGAUGUGCCCGACGGCCUGGCCCACAACGAUCACCGGCUUCCGCGGGCCCCCGCCUCCGACGAGGAGAAUGGGCUUCCGCUUCCGAACUUGGCCCAGUCGCCGGACCGGAGCCGGACCGCCCGCACCACCACCAUCCGCCUCCCCGACGAGGCUGAGGGAUCUCCAGCGCCCAAGAUGCUGAGGCGCCGUGCCACAGCCAAGGAAAAGGUCCAGGACAUGCUUUCCAACCCGACUCUGGCCAACAAGGCCGCUCCUCCUGCCGUCCCUGCCAAACUCUUCUCUCCCAUCCACAUCCUCUCCGUCUUAUCCUGUCUACUCAGCAUCGCCCUCAUCAUAUCUGCCGUCAUCUGGGAGGACGGAGCCGCCAUCCUCGCCGUCAGCCUCAUCUCCCUAGCGUCUACCGUCGUGGGCUAUGCCUCCAUCUGGCACCCGAUUCUGAUGAACCGCAAACACACCAACGAGGUGCCCAAGGGCGACGUUAUGAUCCGUACCCGUGAAGGUGCCUUUAUCCUGAUCAAAUGCACCGAAGAGGUCGCCCGUGAGCUCUACUCCGGAACCGAGGAGUGCAAGUACCAUGUCGGCGGCCGCACCUACCGCCUUCUCAUGGCCCUGGGAACAAUCCUCCUGAUGCUCAGCGUGGUUCUUCUCGGUAACUGCACCUGGAACUCACAGAUCUUCAUUGGCGGCUCUUACAUCGUCCUCAACGGGCUCUACUGGGGACUCGGCAUGCUGCCCCGCUCCUACUUCUGGGACCUCUCUCGCUACGAGUGGAAAGACGUCACUCCCAAAGACGCCCGGCGUGCCCACAUCAUCACCGACGACAAAGACCAGCGAGAGGGCUACCCAAGCUUCACGCGGACGCUGUGGUUUGCCAUCCGCGAGACAAAGCUCACGGGCUGGGUCAGCCGUAGUGGCGCUGCCCCUGUGACUGACCAGUGGAAGAAGUGGCUGAGCGAGGCUGAUGAGAACGCUGUGGGCGGGAAGCGAGACUGGAACGCCGUGGCGCGCAAGGACGUAAUUAUGAAGGAAAUGGUGAGAGAGGGUGGGCGCGUGGACGAUGCCGCUCAGCAUGCGCCCGCAACAGAGGUGCAGACUGCC